AUGGAUACCAUUUUGGUUUUCAGCCUAAUCAUUGCAACUUACAAUACCAAUAAUAAAGAACUCAGAAAUAGCAGCAGCUGCUACGUGGAACUAUUACCUGGACUCUCCCCAAAGGAUGUGAAAAGCACCAGGAAUGUGCUAAUACAAGAAGUUCAGGCAGAAGCCAAAAAGUCUACAUUCAUCCAAAACUGGACAGUGGCUCCCCUGCAGUGCCUUGGUUCUGGGAGCAAAGUGAAAGUCAACCUUGUCUAUUCGGAGAAAAGGCCAAAGGUCAAGCCUACCCUGCAGAACCUAAGAAUCAUUGCUGUUCCCCACAGAAACAGCACCAACUCCUCAAGCUGUCACCUCACCCCCACAUUCACCACCUUGUGGACAGGAUCCCUUCUAACAGGCAAAGCUUUUUUACCAGGACUCUCCCAAUGUAAGGUCUAUCCAGUGAUGGAGGUUUCACCAAAGAAGUUUUUCAUCAGCACCACCUCCAUAACUCCCAGAAAUAAAGCAGAGAAUACUACCAGUACCUCCUUAGAUGAGAACUUAGAGAAGAGGCAGAAGUGGAGCAUUGUGGUCAAAUUCCUGAUUGCUGCCACCCUGCUGCUCAGUGGAUUCGCCUUUAUGGUGUUUGUCAUUUUUGAAGUCCCCUGCCCGUGUCAAUGUCUGGGAGCCAGAAAACUAUGUCAACGCCAGCUGCCAUGGAGAAAGCAAAGACAAGGAGAUCAGCAGCCAGAGGCUGCUGAGCCCCAGCGUGAUGCUCAGCCUGAGAAGGGAAGUGUUGGACAAGAUGCUCCCAACUCAUCAAGCCCAAAGGAAGCUGCAGGAAUCAUUGUUAUCUACCAGACAUACUUCUGAAA